GUCAUGACGUCAAAGAUAUUUUAAACUUGUAUUAUUUUGUAUAGUAAUUUGACAAAUAUAAAAAUGCUAAAAGCUCUUGUUCCAAAGAAAUUCCUGUGUCGGUAUCCUCUCAGCACAGGUGCUGUUGUUGGGAGUAUUACUCUCAUGUGUGUUACAGUGAUAUGCAUUAUAGCUCUAAUCGUCCAGGUCUUGCUGAUGAAAAACUGUGAUAACUGUACUGCAUAUGUGUGGCGAAAUGCCUACAGUUUCAGCAUCACUGGUGUCAUUUACUGCUUCAUUAUGUCCGCUAUGCACGGCUGGCUGAUGUGGGGAAUUAAAAAGAAAAAGUCUUCAGUCCUAUUGUCUUGGGUGGUGAUAACAUCUAUGUGGCUGUCACAAACAUUCUUCCUGUUGAUCACUUUGAUAUGCAUGCACAGUUCCGACAUCAAUUUUGUAAUUUGGAUUCUCUGUCUUGUUCUUGGACUGGUCGCUAUAGGUGCGCUAACAUACUUCGUCCUAAUAGUGUUUGGACUAUGGCGAGAAGUAAAACAUAUACGAGAAAAAAAUGUUACUGUAACUAUGUCGACAGAUAACUAAUUUUUAUUAGAUGAUUAUAAUAAAAACAUUUCAAUUAA